CUCAUUGGCUCAACACUGGCAGUAAGCUUGUGUCUAUAACACCUUCCUUUGAUUUCUCGUUCAUCACCAACCCACAAAUGGCUGACGGUUUAGUCACCUACCAUUACCGGCGAUCUGCCUCUCGCCUAACCAUUGGUGCACACUUGUUCGGUGUCUUGGCUUUCAUUCUCAUGCUGAUUUGGUUGUUGCAUUAUCGUGGAGGAAUUGAGUAUGAUUCUGACAACGUUGAUCGUGUUUUCAAUGUUCAUCCGUUUUUGAUGUUCUGCGGAUUCAUCUUUCUUGUUGGUGAAGCGAUGAUGGUGUACAAGACAGUACCAGUGUCACACAAUGGUCAGAAAUUUUUCCACAUGAUGCUUCAUCUAACAGCUAUAUGUGUCGGAAUUGUUGGGAUUUGUGCUGUUUUCAAGUUUCAUGACAUGAUAAACGUAGAGGAUGUGUAUAGUUUACAUUCUUGGAUUGGGAUAGGGACCUUCUGCUUGUUUGGUUUGCAAUGGCUCUUUGGAUUGUUCACAUUUAUUGUUCCACAGCCUUCAGAAACUAAGCAAAGCAUGCUUCCAUGGCAUAUUUGUGGAGGUAGGGCUCUCCUUUACAUGGCUGUUUGUGCAGCUCUAACUGGGUUGAUGGAGAAAUCUGCAUCCAUGCAGCAGAAACAUACUCGUGAAAAUCAUUUGAUGAACUUCACUGGAUUAUUCAUUCUUCUCUUUGGCGUUUUCGUCGAUCUCUCAGUUGCUCUCGCCCGUUACGUGUGAUAAUUAUUUAAUUCUCAUUAUUAUCUCAUCAAAUGAUUUAUAUGAUUAUCAUUGUUAUUCUUUCUUCUUUUUUUUUUUCUUUUUUUCUGAUUUGUGUCUUUUUUUUUUAAUAUUUGCAUAUAUAUUGGAUUGAUAUAUUGUAAUACAGUAAUAGCAAUAAUGCUUGUUUCUUUCUUUUAACCCUUUUGCAAAUGUAACAAUUGUAUUGAUUGUUGAAGAUAAAUAUAUAUAUUUUUUUGAAGUAA